CAAAGUAAGACUCAAUUCAGGGGACUUCCCCAAGGAUACCCCAAUGAUCCUGAAGUUCGAGUAGCCCGAAAACAGUAUGCUACCGAGGUGAAGUCUGGUUAUCAAACCGUAUAUUCCGCUGGAGCAGCCACCAUAUAUGAAGAGAUGAAAGGGAAGGACAUUUUACCAGAUCCCAAACCACUUCGAAUGCCCGAAGAAAAACUGGACAAGUCCCGGUAUUGUGAUUAUCCUAAAUCGCUAGGGCACAACACGGACGAAU